AUGUCGAACGCUGCUGAUCAAACCCCGCACCAGAAGCGCAGAGGGCAUACUAAGAGUAUUAGGGAGUACGUUGCUGCAGCAGAAAGAGAGCGUGAGAAUGAUGAAAGAUAUGAAGACCUGGAAAAUGAAUUCCAGGCAGGAAAGAGAGAUUGGCGUGAGGUGGAGAAGAAAUUUAAUCACCAGAUUGGUGGCUUAAGAGAAGAAUUGGGCAGAUACGAAAGACGUUUAGAUGAUGUAGAAGAUGAAAAGCAUAAGCUAGAAAGUGUAUUGGAACAGAAAGAUCGUGAAAUCAAUGAUUUGAAACAACAACUCGCGAUAUCGGAGAGAAAUACAUAUAAUUUGCGUCGAAUGAGAAAUAAUCUAGAUGAAAUGGAACGAUACAUUCAUGACUCUCGAGCUAGAUGGGUAGAGGAGGAUAAGAUUCGGAAAACCAAAUGGGAUGGAUUUUUCUUGAAGGGCUUAUUAGGACGAGGCAUGCUUAUAUUAAAGUGGGUUAAUUUAAUAUGGUUAGCAAUAAGCGGAGUGAUUCAGUUCGUACUUGCUAUUCGUGGAGAAAAGAGAGCAUCAAAAGAAGAGUAG